CAUCUUGUUCACAUCCUUAUUUUUCUCUGCUGCUUAAUUAAUUCAGAUUUCACUGACUGUCUUGUUAGGUUUCUUGAUGUUUUUUUCCGGUGAUCACUCAACAAUCAUAUGGUAGUUCUUGAUUAGUCCAAAAUGAGCAAAAAGAAAAAGAAGGAGAAAUAAAAUACGGUGGGUUAUGUCGAUGGAAUUGUUAUGGGGGGACGCGGAAAAACCCCAGGUGAAAAUUAUGAUGUGGCUGAUCUUGAACGUUGUAUGGUAGAAGAAUUACUCAAAAGGUGUAACGACAGAGGCAACACUCCCCUCCAUGAAGCCGCUCACAAUGGUUCAACUGAGGCAGCCGAUAUCAUAAUUCAAAAUCUGCUUGUUGUGAAAGAUGAAACCUACAGUUACCGUGUAGAUCUAACCAACUAUGUCGCGGGAUUUUUCAAAAAAGACCCGAGGGUCAAACCAUCACCAAACGGUUACUUGGAUGUUAAGCCUUAUAAUCGGGCUGAAAAUGAAGCCGAAAGGCUGAGUAGAAAAAUAAUACAGAAGGAAAGAGAACAAAAACGUGCUGAUGAUGAAAAGAAUGUGAGAUGGUGGUGGCCGCGCGCGGCCGCACUAGGUGGAGCAAUUACGGUGGCAGGAGGCAACAAAGAUGAUGGCACUGCGGCGUUACUUGAACAGACAACUUUCAAAUUGUACGUGGGGUGUGCCGUUGUAGCCUUCCUGAGCUCAUCUUUAGCCUUGAUCCUUAUGAUGGUUUCAACUAAAUUAUCAAGCGAGGAGUAUUUAAUUGUCUCCACUGUCGAUCCAGUGAUAGGACUCUUAGUCGUUGCCUUCUUUUCUAUUAUGGGAAUGUUCAUAAACGGCCUGAACUCAUCUUCACACCGUUGAGCUGAGCUAACAAAAUUUCUUACAGCUGCAUUCUCCAUUGCUGCCGCUAUAUUCAUUCAGUUCAUGUACCAGAUAAGCAAACAGUUUCAAAGAGAUGGACACGGCCACCAUGUCAAAUUUCUUUUGUUGAGGCUUUUCAAAAUCAAUUUUAUAAUAGAAAUGUUGUGUUAUAAUAAAAUUUUGUGCCAUAACACCGGCUUCGAGGUCAAAUUCAAGAUGGUUGACAACUUGAGAUGUAACACUUUAACAGUCGCAGAUGAACUUGAUAAUGCAACUGACCUAGUUUACUGAUUCUUCCAAAGUGAUUUACUUCGAAUAACCUAUGGAGUGGGCAGAUCACUCACGUUGAUCCAAAAUGGUAACAAGCCAACUCAGCAGCAUCUCUGCACACCAAAGUCAGAAAUGCAGUUCUUCACAGUCAAUACUGAGAACUAAGUAAAUGGUCACAGUCAAAUCAAGGUGCAAUAUUAAACAGUGUACCAAAACAUUGUUUUA